GCCCACGGAGUUCCGAUCAGAUCGCGCCUUGGAGCUUGCCCAUGCCGUCGCGAACGAUCGGCUGGGGGAGCUACGCUGCCAACGCGACCAUCUUCCCAAGGAGGUCUACAAGCAGCGCGUGUCGAACAUCGAUCAGCCGAGUCUGUGCAAGCAGUCAGAGAUCCUGCCGCAGGCUGGGGCGCCACUGAACCCCGAGAGGUAG